ACGUUAUCACGUCUUGUCGGGCACUUCCGGGUGUGUGCGCUCGUCGUGUUUAACUUGAAUUACCAACAAAAUGUCACAAGUCGCAUAAACUAACACAACUGUGGCCGUUCAGAUGUGGUUUUAAAUGCGUUGGAUAGACUUGUGGUUAGUUGUCAACGUUAAGUAUGAGAAUUUACAUAUGCAAGACAACUGUGAGAGAUGAGUUGUUGUGGAGUUUGGCUGCAGCAUGAGAGGAGACAGUGAGGAUCAGAUGGGUUCUGUUCGGUGGGCUUUUCGUUGUGGGUCGUGGACACCAACCAGAUGUGAGUGGCUUUUUGCUGCUCGAUGCAUCCAGCCCGAAGAGAAGGAGAGGAUCGGACAGUUUGUCUUCACCAAAGAUGCAAAAUCAGCGAUGGCGGGCAGGUUACUGCUCAGGAGGUUUGUGUGUGAGAAGAUGGGCUUACCCUGGUCCCAGUUUACACUCGGACGCUCUCCAAGAGGAAAGCCUUAUCUGGCAGCUCCUCUCCAGGAUGACCCAGCCUCCCUCAUCUGGAGUUUUAACCUGUCCCAUCAGGGAGACUAUGCAGUGCUGGCAGCUGAGCAGGGAAAGCAGGUUGGAGUUGAUAUAAUGAAGACAGUCAUGCCUGGUAGCAGCUCCGUGCCUGAAUUUUUCCGCAUCAUGACUCGUCAGUUUACCCCAUACGAGUGGAGCGUCAUCCAAUCAGCCGGCUCGGAGCACCAGCAGCUCGCCGCGUUCUACCGGCACUGGGCCCUGAAGGAGAGUUUUAUUAAAGCCAUCGGCACCGGGCUUGGGUUCAACCUGCAGCGGGUGGAGUUUCACCUGUCGCCUGAGCCACCCACACAAGCCCUGCCAGUGCGUCUGACAACAAUGCACCUGGACGAGGAGGAGCAGGGUGACUGGGUCUUUGAGGAGUGCCUGCUGGAUGAGGACCAUCAUGUUGCUGUGGCUCUUGGUGCAGACUCAUUGCCUUCACCUGUUCCUCUGGCCUCUCCCUGCCCUUUCACCCUGCUGUCAUUCUCUGAGCUGAUUGGCCCAGCCUCGCCCCUGACAGAAGAGGACCCCACCUAUUGGGAGAGCUUCAGCACCAAGGUGGACGCUCCACAGAGACAGAGAGAUGUGCUCUGACAAGCCUCAGACACAGAGCUGUGCACAGCAGACUAACACACCUUUCACAAGUGCCAGUGUCCAAAAAUACUCUGACAAGGAGCCUGCUUCUCAUUCAGCUCCAGUCCUGCUCAGACAAAGCCCGCAUCACAGCUCGCUCUCAAGGGACGCACACAAACUUUGCACCGCACCACAACUUUUGUUCUUACAGCCACUACCUGGAGGUUCGACUCUAAAUAUAACCAGUUUGCAUAAAUCUUGUCUGAAAUUAUGUCCAUUAUUUUCAUAACUAUAACUUGAACUGAUGAACUGAUGUAUUUGUUAUUUUGAGCUGAAAGUAAAGGCACUAAUCCAAUCAAAAGUUAUAAAGCAAAUCUUUAUCAUUGAAGGGCCCAUAUUACACUAUUUUUUGAUCUAUGUAAUUAUUUGGUUUCCUCAUCAAAAACAUAGGGUUGUUUUUGUUUCACUUACAAACUCUGCACAUUUACUGUAUGUUGUGUUCUUUCUCAAACUGAAAACACUUGGCAUGUCAUACAGGAAGUGCUCCACUGUGUUUUUAAACUCCAAAUCUUCACCAGAAUAUUUAGUAUUCGUUUUUUUUAAUUGCCAAAAGGUAAAAGUUAGCUGUUAACUGCUUCAUGACAUCGCAAGGUGAAACAGAGCCUUUUGAGCUUUGGAGAUGUAGACAGCCUAAUAAUGCAGGAUUACUCAAACGUGUGAAUGAAACAAAACACAACUCCAGGUCUGUUUUUGAGGACGUAACAUGGAGUAAAUUUUGUGUAAUAUAGGACCUUUAAAUAUCAUUACCCUGAGGAAGUGCUUACAGGGCCAGACUUACAAAAUGAUAGAUAUAUGUAACAUUUAACAUUUGGAAACGGACACAAAGGGAAGGGUCCGUGUUGUGAUGGACAGGACAUCGGCUGAGAAUGUGAAACCACAUGCAGAUAGGAUUAACCUGAGGUCAGUGGAGAAGUGGUGAAUAUUUAUUUAUUUAUUUGAGAUGGGGACAGCGCACAUUUUUUACAUUAACCUUAACAGGAGAGAUGCAUUGUACCAGGUUGUAGCAUCAGUGCUAAUUUCCACCUGUAGUCCCUGGGCAGAUUCAUCGAUUGAUUGUAUUUAACUGACCUUGGCUAUCAACUGUUCUUCCUGGAGACCUAUGUAGCAUGUAUUUUGGGUAUAUUUGAUAUGUUCAAUAACAGCACAUAGCCGUAUGACGCAGGGUUAAAGCAGACACUCACCUUUAGAGCCCCCUGCCAUUAUUCACAGGGCACAAACAAAGAUGUGAUGCUUAGACUGUUGCUGAAUCUCACAUGCUGGUUACUGCUGUGGUCGGAACGAAUAUGAGCAUGAGUGGCCAUAAUACUCCAGGAGAUAGAGGUCUUUACAGUGAAUGUCAAUAUGAAAGAGCCUUCUUCAUAUCUUAUUCUGACCAUCCUGAUACCUAAUUUAGGCUUGAGCCAUGUUGUAGUGUUGUUUCCUCAUCAAAAACAAACCUGGAGUUGUGUUUUGUUUCAUUCACACAUGUUGGAGUCUACAUCUCUAAAGCUCAAAAUGCUUUGGAGAUGUAGCUUUCCAAAUUAACAGCUACAUUUUACCUUGUGUUCAGGAGAGAUUGGCAAUUCCAGGGCUGAAAUUAUCCAAAUGAUUCUUGUGAAGGUGUAUGGUGUUUAAAAAGACAGUGGAGCACUUUCUGUAUUAUUACAUGGAGCCACAAGGUUGAACAGAGUGUUUUCUAUAUGAGAGGAAUUAGAUAUACAGGACUUGUGUGUUAAACAUGUGAAAGAAACAACAUAUAAUAGGAAUAUAACAGUAAUAUGGGCCCUUUAACAGCAAUGCCCUUCCAUCUUGCCCCCUGUGAGAUCAUUGGCUCCAUAGACAGGUGUGUAAUUGUUUGAACUGCCUGGACCUCACGCUGUAGACCCCACCGCUGACCCCUCUGCUCAAUAACACACAGUGGUGGAAGAAGUACUCAAUUUUGUUACAUAAGUAAAAGUACAGAUGCCGGGCCAAAAGAUUACUUAAGUAAAAUGAAUCAUUCUACUUAUGUUAAAGUAUUAAAGUACCUGGUUAAUAAGUAAAAGUGUUUUGCAGAGUUUUAGAACAAUUAAAGGAUGAAAUGUAGUGAUUUUGAAAAAGACUUUACUGGAUUUUCAGUGAUUCAACUGAUUUGUACAUUUUUUUAGCUUUUUUGUAUUUUUGUGGUUCGCUCAAAGUUGGGACGUUAAAAAUAAGUUUGGCCGUUUUCAGCAGGUCUCAAACCACAAACGAAAGUAUUUUUUACUUACUGGUCCAGAUCUAAAAUGUAGUUGAGUAGAAAGUACAGAUACAUACUCUCAAUUGUAGUGAAUUAUAAGUAAAAAGCAUCCAUGGUAAAAAAUGUACUUAAAGUAUCUGUUUAAAAAUGUGCUAAAAGAGUAAAAAUAAAAGUAUUAUGCAGAGACAUUUAGAACAAUUAAAUUCUGAUUCUGAUAAUGAGUUAAGUGGAUAUUCAGUGAUUUAAUUGAUUUGUUAAUUUUUCAACCUGUUUUGUGGUGGAGUGGAGUGUGCUGUAGUGGAGUAGAAAGUACAGAUACAUGCUCUCAAAUAUAGU